UUCUGGCAGCUCCAGUAGACGAGAAGAAAGGAUCUCCUGCAGGUCAGCCAGGAUGUCAGGAAUGGAUGUUCUGAUGGAUCAGAAUGAGACGGGAAUCACUCCGAUGGACGAGACUUUCCUCCGUUUGUCCCCGACGUCUGCCUCCAUGUCGGCGGCCGCCUCCUCUCCGGGACAUCAGGGCAACGUUUACGUGUACGUGUGGCUCUUCCUCGGCCUGCUGGUGUUUCUGCUGACGCUGCUCGUCAUCUCUCUGCACAGGCUGAAGAACAUCAUCUCCUCUUCCUCUUCUGUCCCCGACUGCAGCAGUGAGGGAGGGAGCUCCUUCACCAACAUGGAGAUCUGCAGCGUCUCGUCCACCGUCUCUGCACUCUCCACCUCAGGGAGCUAGGACCGAGCUCUGACAGACUAGAAGCUCCACGCUGUUCUUUGUGGAUGCUUGUGUGCAAAACACAGGCAAGCAUGUGAUCACACAAAG